GUCGGCUUUCAAUUCAUCGCGCCAGUAGACAAACUACAACAAAAUGCGGUGGUUCAUACUCCUGUGCGCGGCUGCGGUCAUCAACAAUGCGAACGCCCAAAACCAGAUUUGGGAAUUAAACAGCGGCCUAACCGACCUGGUCGUCGGGCCAGACUCCGCCGUCCACUGCCAGCUCACCAACCCCUCUGGCAGCAUGGUCUACGAUGACUUCGGGCCGUGCAGGGUCAGCAUCGACCGGGUCACGGAGCAGCACAGCGGGGUGUGGACCAUGAGCAUAAUUCAGCAGAGUAAUGUGUUGGCUGUGCAGCAGAGUUUUACUGUACAGGUUACUUCUGCAGCUGCAGACUCCAAACCGACGGUAUCAACGAGCGUGCAGCAAGACAAGCCUCUAAUAAUGCUGGCGUGCUCCGUGGUGACCGCUGACGUAGUCACAGCCUGCGUAUUCAGAGACCCCUCUGGUCGGGUGCUACAGGCCCGCCAAGGCGUCUCUGAGGACCGAUACAGCUUCAUUGAAAGUGUCAACAAGCGUGCAACAGGAGAAGCUUCUAGAGAGGCUGGGGUGCUCCGGGUGAGCGCUGACGCGGUCACAGCCUGCGUGUUCAGAGACCCCUCUGGUCGGGUGCUACAGGCCCGCCAAGGCGUCUCUGAGGACCGAUACAGCUUCAUUGAAAGCUCGACCGCUGGCGUGCAGAGCUGCGGCAUAGAGAUCAACGGACCUCUGACUUCAGACCUGGGCCUGUGGCGCUGUGACCUCCAAACCAAUACGGAUACCUACUUCGGCCAUCUCUCCGUGCUGUGCCCCUGGGCCAUGCAAGACCCUGAAAUAGCGGCGUCUGUUAUCGCAGUUCCCACUUUGACCAGUCAGACCAAGGAUCAGGUGGUGAGCGAGGGUGACAGUGUGACUAUGUCCUGCUCGAUCCAGACCGCCAUACGUUAUUGCUAUUUCCGAGCGAGAAACGGAACGAUCUUCAAUGUUAGGCCUGGUGUGACUUCCUCUUCCAUGGAGUACGUCGGCGCCAGUCUGGAGGCCGGAGAGUGCAGCGUGCGGUUCCCUUCGCUCUUAGCUACUGAUAGCGGCACUUGGAGCUGCCACGUCGGCUUACCAGAUAGCAGCGAGGAUGAACAACACGUGCAGUUCUCCAUUCAAGUACAAGAACCGAUAUCCGCUAGCCAGUUCGUGGACGGCAACGAGUUGGUGGUAGAGGGAAUAGUCAAUGGACAUCCUGCGCUCGACUACUGCAGAUUCGUCCGCAUUGACGGACAAGGAUUCACUUCUGAGAAUGUACCAGCCGGUUACACCGACAGCAGUUCUCUCAGCCAGGGUCAUUGCAAGAUCCGCGUGGCAUCGCCCACAAUUCUGGAGCACCAUCCCUGGACCGUAGUGGCAAAGGUCCAAGGCCAGGACACGGAGCUGGCACAGUCCACCGACCAUACCAACGAGAUGCCUCCACCAGAUGACCCCGUGACUUGGUGGAUAUACGUGAUGCUGGCCGUGACGCUGGUAGCGCUGGUGGUCGCCUUCGCCUUCAAACGUAACCGCCGCUGGGCCGCCGAGACCGCCGCUGGCGUCCGCGAUAGCUUCAGGAAGAACAAGUACCCUGAGCAGGAGAAGCCGCCCCUGCCAGCUUAAAAAAUAGACGCUAUACACCGCUAUGAUCUGGCGUUAGAAAGAGUAAACUGACAGCCUCGGGCGUGUACAGAUGCAGUUUAUAAUAAUUUUCUAUUUCUUUUUUUCACGGAAACGUACGAACGUAAGCAACAUAAAAACUAGUUUGAUGUAUUCAAAAGGUACUGAAAUACAUAAUACAGUACGUGGCGGCCCCCUUUUUUAAAUACCUGUCGUUAAAUUUAAUAAUCACGAUUAAUUAGCUGUGGCGGUAGUGUGCACGUUGAUGGUCUCUUAAGUGUCUCCAUGCAUUCUUAAUCAUAUACCUAUACGAGUAUGUUUAAAAAUAUCUAUUUAUACAAACUGCUGUCAGAUUACUUUUUUUACUUCUGGAUGUCAUUAUAGCCGGCUCAGAUUUCUCUGCCACUUUUUAUGUAUGUUCUUGAAUAUAUUUAACUGUGAUAAUAUAUAUGUAAACAUAAUUCAAAUAAAUUAUUUCACCAGAAAA